UUAGACGCCUGUCAUCUGCUGGUUCUGCGAUACUGUCAACCUUCGUGUACUGUGUAGUCAGCAGCAACCUCGUGGUGUUGUGAAAAUUUGUGUGUGACAUUCUCCAGGUAAUAUAUAAGCGUUAAUAAACAAGAACAAUUGAAGAAAUGUGUUUCGGAAGUAAAUUAACAUGGUUAUGUUCAUAACAACUAAAUACCUCAGUUGUUAGUGCUUGUUUUUGGCCUGACCGGUAAAAUCGCUACGUGUAUCUUAGUAAAAGAAACGGCUGAGUGUGUGACGUGCUGUCAGGAGCAGUUUGUCUACGAAGUAAUCUCCUCAUAUACUUCGUGGCUAACGAGAAAAGGCGGACAGUGAAAUUCAAAGACUGUAGAACUGAAGCAAUGGACCAGGAGCCAACUAAGUGGAUAAAAAAAGAGGAAACUGAUGAAGUACAAACUGAGUUCCACUUGAUAGCCCAAGAUUAUCCAUGCAGCAUGAAUGUAAAAGAAGAGUUGGAGGAGGGUGUGAAUAAGGAGUUUCUUGAAGACCCAUUAAAGGCUGGCGACCCUAGUGUUUGUGUAAAGCAAGACCCCGAACUGAAACACCGUGCUGCUGGAUCUGAGCAUAAUUCUGUUGAAGAUCCAUUGGGAAUAUCUUUGGCCACUGAUUUUAUCAAGGAGGAUCCUGAAUUAAAUAUAUCUGAGAAUACUGUGGAAACCUCAAUAAGAUGUGCAUCUGAUAGUGCAAGAUUUACUCAGACUACUGGUGGGUGUUGCAGCAUAUCAUGUGAAGAAACUUGUCACCAUAGACUGGUCCAGGAUGAGUUGGAGAAGUCAACACAUGGGUUCAGUACCAAUACAGAAGAUCUGACUAUUGAUAAGGGAUGCUCAGUUGCCACCCAAUAUGACUGUAGUACGAGGGAAAAGGAAUUACAUGUAUAUAGCUGUAAUUUCUGCCAACAGAGCUUUUCUUCGAAAUACAGACUCAUAAUGCAUGUGUUUAUGCACAUUGAUGGAACACAACCACCUUCGUAUGUUUGUAAGUGGUGUGGUGAGGUAUUUCACAGUAAUGUUGGCUUGAAAAAGCAUAUGAGAAUGAGUGAGAAUUGUCGAGUUUUAACUGCUGACAGUCAUGAAAAAUAUGGACAUAGUGAUGAGCAUCAAACCACUACCUCGUUGGAUAGCGAGGCAGAAAUUUCUGUCACAGAACACAAUGACCAGUCUACAUGUAAGGAAACUUGGAAAAAUUCAAAGAAACCCUCUAAUGACAUAUGUAACACACACAUGACAAAUGAUAGAGAGAAAACAAGUAAUUAUGGAACUUUGUCUAUAGCAGUUGAUGUCAGUGCCCAGGCUGAUCUACUUACUGGAAUCAGAAGUCACAGAUGUGGUAUUUGUGGCAAAUUGUUUGCUAGGUCUAGUGGUCUCAACAGACAUGUUUCCAUUCAUACUGGGAAAAGACUUCACAAAUGUGAUAUUUGUGAGAAAUGGUUUGCCCAGUCACAUUAUCUAAAGGCUCACACAUUAAUUCACACUAGGAAGAAAUCUUACAUGUGCGAGAUUUGUGGGAAAUCUUUUACUAUAUUAGGUGACUUCAAGAAACACACAUUAACUCACACUGGAAAUAAACCUCACAAAUGUGAGAUUUGUGGGAAAUCUUUUACUAAGUUAGGUAAUCUCAAGCAACACUCAUUAAUUCACACUCGAAAGAAACCUCACAAAUGCGAGAUUUGUGGGAAAUCUUUUACUAGAUUAGGCAAUUGUAACGAACACUUAUUAAUUCACACUGGAGAGAAACCUCACCUAUGUCAGAUUUGUGGGAAAUCUUUUACUCUCUUAGGUAAUUUCAAGAAACAUACAUUAAUUCACACUAGAAAUAAACCUCACAAAUGUGAGAUUUGUGGAAAAUAUUUUACUUUAUUAAGCAAUCUUAACAAACAUUUAUUAAUUCACAAGAAACCUCACAAAUGUGAGAUUUGUGGGAAAUCUUUUGCUGCGUCAGGUGAUCUCAAGACACAUGCAUUUGAACACACUGGAAGUGGACCUCACAAAUGUGGUAUCUGUGACAAAAGUUUCACUUACGUGGAUACUCUCAAGACACAUGCAUUACUUCACAUCAGAAAGAAAAUGUAAGUAUGUAUUAGUUUACGCAAAUAGGUUUUUGUGGUUGGUGCCCUCAAGGCCUAUAAAAUAGUGUAUGUACCAGGGGACAAUAAAUUGUACUUUCAGCAAAAUAACUUUAAAAUCUGGUAGAAUUGUGAAAAAACUUGUAUAGAGUGCUAACAGAUAAUGUGACAAAAAAUUCAUAUCUGUAGCUUCAGAUGUCGAGAAAUGGUAUUACCAAAUACUCAAGAAACAUGAAUCAAAUGUGUUUUUGUCAUUAGCACUGCUGCUUUUUCCUAUUGAUCUUGUGACAAGAAGAUUGUGAAUUGUGAUAAAUCCUUACAUUUGUAAGUAAUCAUAAGUAUCUUGCAAUAUUCAGUAUAAGGCCAAGGAAAUGUGAUGACUUGCUGCUUAAUAUUCCAAACAAAGUCAUCAUGUAGUACUUGUAACUGUAUUUUAGAAACAGUGACAGUAAAAAUAUAUUCAUGGCACUUGCUUCAUUGAGGCUAGUAAACUCAAUACUGGAGAAACAUGAUUAUAACAAUUAUUUUACUCAGAUAUGUUCUCUCAAGAGACUUGGUGUGUCAUUAAUAGUGUGUACAUUUAUGUUCUGUUGGUACUACUCCUGCAUUAGUAAACAUAACAACAAAUAUAAUAACCUGCUUAAUAGCAUGUUUGGCCACCUUUGGAAUACAGUACUUUGACAAUUCUACAUGAUAUGGACUUGACACAUCAUCUACAUGCUUCUGGGUGUAUGUUGCACCAGUUGUAUUCCACACGUUCAGAUUAGCUAAAUGGUAUUGUCAAGACAUCAGUGUUAGUUACCAUGCUACUCAGACCAUGCACAUGUGACAUGGACAAUUAUCCUGCUGAAAGAUGCCUCCACUAUGGGAGACCACACCAGGAAUGAAGGAAUGCAUGCAGUUGCAAUAAAUGUCACGUAGUCUGCAACUGUUAUGAUGCCUUCUGUUGCUAACAUGUGUCCCACAGGAGCCAAAGUGACUGCCCCCAUAGCAUAAUGGGCCCCUCUAUUUGGUGCCAUUCAUUUAGAUGAUAGCAUAUCUGGAUGUGCAACUGACCUGGUGUAACAGGAAAUGUCACCCAUCCUGACAGUUAACAUUUGAAUUGACCUUCACUCCAGCCUCAAUGAUCACUUGCACACUGCAGUUGCAAGUGAACAUUUUGGUGGAUCGGUAUGGAAACAUACAGUGACCAUAUGUUCUAGAGUCACACAUUCAACAAUGUACAUUGAACUGUGGGUUCCAAAACGUGUAUGGCUGCCCCAGCGUUGUUUUCUGUCAUUAGAUAUGCCACAUAUUGCCACAUCUCCAGCUUUACAGAGCAGGCAAGCUUCUGACCUCCAUACUUUGUGAAGAAGUAUUGAUGUAUUACAUCUUAUUAUAAUGUUAUGGACUUAUUACCUUUCAGCCACUUUCCUCAGAUGUUCACAACAAUAGCAUAGAUCCAUUGUACCAACUUCACCACUUUUGAGGUUCUAGUUCCCAACUCCAAUGCCACUUUAACUUGCCCUUUGCUAAAGUCAUUUACAUCAUUAAAUUUACAUGUUUGCAGCUCAUCUUAAUGAUAGAACAAAAAGUGUAAAUCUCUGGUCUGCUUAUAUACUUGUAAUCUGCUUACUGCAUCAUGUGCAUACAACGUGGCAUUCAUUCUCCUUAUGAACAGUGUUCGUGACAUUUUUGCCCAUCAGUGCAUCUUCAUGUAAAUGGGUCAGAUGCAGAAAUGUGUAAUCUAAGAAAUUCAUCAUGCUUGGUUGCCAUUUACACUAGUGCACAAUAGCUAUAUUUUUUGUGAAAUAUUUUUGUUUCACAACGCUCUGUACAUAAUUCAGAGAUAAUAUAGGUGUUAUCCAACAAAGCUCUUAAUUACUUGUUCAGCAUCUAAUACUGUGUAAGUUCUACAAAAAAAAAAAAAAAAAGAAAUAGGUAAACAAACAUUAGGUGUUAAGAUUUGAUUCCAGUUUUUUUUUUUAUAUACACAAGAACAACACUUGGGUGAGCUCAGAACGUGAGCACUAAAUAUUUCUUGUGUUAUAUUCAAAGAUGUUUCCAUUGUGGGUAUUUUUCUUAAUUUGUGGUAAAUAUACAUGAGGUUUUUGGAAAAUUGUACUUAUGCUUCAGUUUCAAUUUCAGAACGAUUGUUUUUAAUUUUGAUUUCCUACCUAUUUGUUAUUGUUGAAAGUGGUUUAGUAUGUUUCAUCAUAUGUGUAACAAUUGGAGAUAGUUAUAAUUAAGUGAUUGGCACUGUUCUGUGUUGCUACACUUCAGCUGUGACACUUUGUAGUGAUAUGAUUACAUUGUAUUUCAUCUUUCCCAUGAUAGUACAUCCACAACUGCUGUAUGGGUUAUUCAUAAUAGACAACAUCCGCAUACAUUUGUAUUAAAUAUUAUUUUCCAAUAAAAGGAAAGAAAAAUCGGGUUUCUGGACAAUAGCCUUAUAUUCCAAUGAAUCUGAAAAUGUACUACAAAGUGUGGCGACUAUACAUAAUAUGAAUAUCUAAGAAACAGUAAAAUUUGUAGUAACAUGUUAAAAAAAUGUACACAGUAUGGACUGAAUAUCUAUAGGCGUCAGCUAAGGAUGGGUCAUAUGGUGUUUCUCUGGUACAUGAGAUGUAAGUAGAAAAUAAACAUAUUCAGUGGUUGUGUGGAAAACCAUCCAAAGAACUGAGUCUACAUAAACACUGUACAUACCCAUAAAUUAAAGAGUGUAACUGCACCUAUUAAAAUAAUAACCUAAGCUAAUCACUACAGAAUAAACUGUUGUAUAAGAAUUGUCAAGGACAAGUCAGUUGUAGGUUGUGGAUCCAGGAGUAAGGGUAAUCAAGCAUAUUGUUUAAAAUAAACAACAAUGAGGAGUACUUUAAAACAACUAACUGGUAUUUACAUCAGAACUGUACUUCUAAGGCCACUAACAGACUGAGGGGCAUAGUGCUGGAGAAUGGAAUAGAAGCACACCUCUGAUCAGACUGAAAGCUGGUUGCCAAUAGUGAGCCAAAUUUAUCCCGGCUAUGGCCUAUGACCCCAUGUGACCAUUAACAGCGGUGUCAUUGGUUGCUGGAUGGUUUUCUAGGUUUCCCUCACUAAGGAUGCUUCUCGGAAGUGUCUCCUCAUCAGUAUCCUCAGUCAGAAUUGUAUGAAUGUGAACAAGGCAUAUACAGUGGUAACUGAUACAGAACUAGCCCCUGACUAGCCACAGCUCUGACGUGAAACUUGUUUUAUAAAGUGUUCCCCACUCGGUCUAUCAAUCUACCACACACACUUCACUCCCCCUCCAUAGCAGCAGGCUAAUUAUUUCAAAAUUACAAAACUAGUAGUUUGAUGUUUGAAAAUGCUCCUUUGGACUGGUGGCUCUUGCUAAAGGAUGCAACUUUCUAAUAGGGGAAACAAAUAAUUUCCAAAAUGCAGUAAAAAAAGUGGACAUGAAUAGAAAACUAAAAGUAUUUAAGAAGUGACAAAUAAUAGUACAAUAAUUUAGAGUUCGAAUUGGCCAAUUUUGGCUAUUGUAGAAAUAAUUUUGGCUAUUGUAGAAAUAUACACAGCCAACUGAAAUGAUGAACUGAUACAGUGGUGUGGUGGUGCCGGGGCAACAGGUGUGCUGACCAUGUACUGAGCCAGCAGGGACAGCAUGAGGGCUGCCAAGAUACAUCAGCUGGGCAGUGGCUAAGCUGGUGCAAUGGUGAUGCCAGUGGACAGUGAUGGAGUAUUGUGGUUCAGAAUGACAGCAUUGGGGCCAGCAAAUGUUGUUACCAGUUGUGAAGGUCUAGCCUCACAGAUCAUGAAAGGCUGUAACACUGCAUCAGAUGGGUGCAUCAUCGAAGGUUGGCUGGUUAUUUCCAUGCAAAAGGAUGUCUAGCUCAAUAAUAUUAAUAAGAUUUAUUACUUUUCCUAUAAUCUCUGCAGUUUGUAGUAUAAAAGUUACAAUUACAAAAUAUUGAAGGAUACAUUACAAACUGAUUAUAUAUCCAUAAUAAACAAAUCUCAUUAAGACAACUGUAACCCUUUCAUUGUUUUAUUAAAUCUUAUUUCAUGUACUUAGGUUGGCAACCCUGUAGCCAGGCAGAUGUGCGUGUAUGAAGCUCUCACUAAGUUAAGCGAUUAAUAUUGAAAUAAGAGCUAAUUUAGUUAAUAUUACAUAUUAGACUAGUGCAUUUACUUCUUAUCUAAUCUAUGUAUUGAAGGUUUUGCUUUUCUAAACGUAAUUACAUCGAAAAGGAAAUAUUUUGUAAAGGCCGGCAGUUGCGUUGUUGUUUACAUAUUUUGGCGUAAAUUUCGUAUGAGUGUAGAUAUUUGUUUUUGACUAGACUUAGCACUUCAAAGUUAAAUUAA